AUGGCAUUAUUGGAUCCUCAGAAUGAAAGAGCCUCAGCAGGCGUGCUGUCGACACACGACAAUGAAGCCGAAAGAUCGUCCGCACAAGAAAGCGAAGAGCAACCUUUAUUGCAAUCUAAUCCAGUUCCUGUGACUUGGAGCCCGCCGCCAGGGUUUCUACUGAUUCAAAUCGCAAUCAUGGCCAAUGUAUUUCUUGGCGGGUUUGACGGCACCAUCACUGCCUCGACCUAUGCUGUGAUCAGCUCCGAGUUCAACGCCGCGAACACUGCUUCGUGGCUGACCACCUCGUACUUGAUCACGAGCACGGCGUUCCAGCCUCUCUACGGCCGAUUUUCGGAUAUCCUCGGUCGCCGGUCUUGUUUCUUCACUGCAACCAUCACCUUCAUGCUUGGUUGUCUGGGAUGUGCCGUGGCCCGCGAUGUAAUCUUUUUGAACAUCAUGCGCGCCUUGACGGGCAUCGGAGGCGGAGGAUUGAUGACUAUGGCAACAAUCAUCAACUCGGAUAUCAUUCCCUUCCGCCAGCGGGGUAUGUACCAGGCAAUUCAGAACGUCUCAUACGGCUUCGGAGCCAUCUGUGGUGCUUCUUUCGGAGGUGCCAUCGUUGACUCGAUCGGAUGGCGCUGGUGCUUCCUGCUGCAGGUUCCAGUCUCUUUGUUUGCUUUGGUCAUGGGCUAUAUAGUUUUGAAGUUUCCAUCACGCAACACUGAAUCUUCCCCAAAUGGCCGAAAGCAAGGAAUUUGGCAGCAAAUUGAUGUACUGGGCGCUUGUCUGCUCAUUCUGGCUCUCUCGGCUCAACUGGUGGGACUCAGCCUGGGUGGCAACAUUCUCCCUUGGACUCACCUGUGGGUAAUUCUGCCAUUGGUCUCUAGUGUGGUAUUGCUGGUCGCAUUUGUCGCCGUUGAAGCGAAAACCACCGCCGCACCUUUGAUUCCAUUGAAGAUGCUACGAGGACAGCUCGCUGUAUCCACACAGAUCGCCAACGUUUGUGUCGGAAUGGCAGCAUACGCAUACCUCUUUACUCUGCCUCUUAUGUUCCAGGUGAUUCUCCUUGACUCACCCAGCAAGGCUGGUACCCGGCUGGUGAUUCCUUGUCUAUUCACCCCACUGGGCGGUCUCGCAGCGGGAAUCAUCAUGUCACGCUGGGGCAAACUGGCCUCCAUUGUGCGCGUCGGGGCAGCCCUAAUGUUUGUGGGCAAUCUGCUCGUCAUGCUCCUUCGAUUCAACGACUCGGGAUGGAAGUAUUUCGUCUAUGUCAUUCCCGCCAACCUGGGUCAGGGGAUGGUGUACCCAGGAAUUCUGUUCACAUUCCUAGCGGCCUUCGACCACACCGAUCACGCCGUCUCGGCCUCAACUGUCUAUCUCAUCCGCUCCCUUGGAACCGUUUGGGGCGUCGCAGCGACCUCCACCAUCAUGCAGAAUACACUUAACUCAGGCCUCGGGGAGGCCUUGAGUGGAAUACCAGAUAAAUGGAAAGUGAUUGAUGAGAUUCGCCACUCAGUCUCGGCUAUUUAUGAUCUUCCCCCGGAUGUGCAAAUGGCCGCUCGGCUGGUGUACUACCGCGGGAUCAGACUGUCCUUCAUGGCCUCUGCGAUAUUUGCAUUUAUUGCGACCGUCGCUGCCAUCUUUACCCGUGGAAAGGGUCUAGAGCGCGCGGGCGGCAAGUAA